CUUUGAAGUCGAAGUUGUCUCCCUUCAUCUCCCUGGUGUAACAAAACAAUCUACUGACUAGUUAGUAGACUUUCAGGUUGGAUAAAAAAGGUCAAAAUACUCUACUUGCAGCUCAAUCUAAAUGCCUCACAAGGUCCUGAGAAUGGGAAACUGUUGAGUGUGGGUUGGCUGACUACAUCGGGUGUGAGUUGAUUCCAGAGAACAAUCGAUGUUGGGUAGAACUGUGCAUAGUGAUAGAACAACUUUGAAUACCUGCUUCUGGACAACAGGUAUAUUUGCCUGUUAGAACAAUGGGUGUGCAGGGCUUACUGGGCACAUGUUUGGAAAACAGGGAAGCAUGCACUGACACAUAUGAUCUAGUCCAAGUGGCCCAGCAGCAGGGUGGACUUGAACUGAUUGUCGACUUUUACUCAUUCGAGCAUUAUAUUCUGUCAAAGUUUUGGAAAGGAUUAAGUCAGCUGCGUGGCAAUGACUACUUGCGUAUUCUUGGUGGAGAGUAUGCUUCACUGCACAACUAUGUCACAAAGUUAGUGAAUGACCUUAAGUCUCAGGAUAUUCAUCUGGUGUUUUACAUUGAUGCUGGCAAAGGAAGCUCUUUUGACACUUUAAGGCAGAAAUUUAACACCUGGGCAAACAGGCAUGAAGAGGAUAUCAAGAAGAUGUCACAGAUUCUUGAUGUUUUGUGGGGGAAGACUGAAAUCAGCCAGCUGUCCACGUACACAAACAUUCGUCCAGUAGUCCUGGAGGACCAGUUUAUGGCUGCGUUGAGGUCGUGUGGGUGUGAGAUACAUCAGUCACCCGCUGGGGAGGCAGAUUUACUCAUCAUCAGAGCUUUAAGAGACAGGUCUAAGGCGUUUGCAAUUCUGAGCAAUGACUCUGACUUCUGUGUGUUCAAAGAAAGUAGGCUGAUUCCUCAGGAACUGUUUGACAUUGAGAAUGACCUUCAGCUUGGAGAGCCUAGGGAGUUACCAGAGAAACCACUGAGGCUAAAUGUCAAGGUCAUUUCUACAGAGAAUGUCAUGGCCAUGUUAAAGUUGAACAACCACAGACUCCUCGUGGAGAUGAGUAUUGUUGCCGGUAACGAUUUCACGGGACCAUACAUGCGGGGCGGCCUCCACCAUAAGAUUGAUGUCAGGGGACGACGGUGCAUACAGAACUUUGCCGGCUGGAUCCGACACUACCACACUGCUGACAACCACCCGUACCUGGCUGACCAUAUUGAAAUGGAUCCUGGUUUCCGGCAGGCCGUUAUCCACAGUAGGAACUUCUACAACUUAAGAGGAGAACCAGACAAAUGUCCCCAAAAGGGAUACUUCUCUCAGGUGAUAGAGGAGAAGAUUCGCUCUGGCCAGUAUCCUAGCAACAUCAUGAGCAUGCACAACAACUUCUACUGGUACCGCAUGUUACUGGAGGACAACAGCUAUGGGGCGCCGUGUGCAGAGUGCGCGCUCACACCACUACGGGCUUACCUUUACCGCAUUGUGCUGCCGAGGCAGGAGCAACUGGUCAAUGAACAUGGCCGUAGUCCAUACGAACAUCUGAGAAAAGCUGGGGUGAUAGCAAUAGACGAUGGCCGUGCCCCUCCCUUGCACAAGAUCCAGCCAGACAAAAUAUUCAGCAAUCUCCGAACGUUUCACCUCAUCUGGUCACAUCAAGAAAGGGGUGAGGCUGUGAACUGGUUCGAGCGUUAUGGGCGUAAGAAUGGCUUCAUUUUCUACAUUCUUCGCUACUUCCUGCUACUGAACUGGCAACAGAACCUCCAUGUGACAGAUAACGAAUUCCUUGCACUUGUUGCCAUGGUGAUGGGACGCUCUAGUGAGGAGCACUACCAGGCUAUAGUCAUCCGGCCAACUGUACGCUGUGUCACCAUCGGCAACUGGAUGCAGGAUGUGUAUCGCCAUGGUUACCACAUGUUUGGAAGUGUUCUGCACAUUCGCCACGAGUUUCCCUUGCCAAGCGAGCUGUUCAGUGGCUCUGUAUGGACAGCCAUGUAUAUGGUCUGUCAGGAUGAGACCUUUCGAAUUGCUGCACGUGAGGUUUCACCACAAGUGUUGUACCAGACUCAGCAGGAAAUGAACGCUGUUAUCCGGGAGAAACGUCACAUGAUCAGACACAUAGUGCAGGAUGUUUUUCCAUUUGAUGAUAAGUAACUGUGUUUAAACCAGCAAGGGCAAACACUAGUUGUUGAGGGCAAUUUUUUGUACGCAGCUCCUUUAAUACAGAAAAUAUAACAGUUUAUGUGGCGCUGAAUGGAAAAUGAGCCACCAUAUUGUUGAGGACAUUUGAUGACUGAGAAACAUGACAAUGUGUUGUCCUGCCCUUGAAAAUGGUAUUAAACUGGAAAAACCUUGAUGGUAUAUGCUUCAUUCUCCAAGACUUUGUAUCUUGUUCCAAUAUUGAGUAUAGGCUACAUAUUUGAUAUGGAUAACUGGUUGCUGUACAUGAACAAGUAUUUCCAUGUUUUGGGUUGAAUGGCAAAUAUUUUGAACAUGCUCUUGUUCUGCCACAUCCACAAUAUGAGUUUGAUUUCAAUGGUGUACAUGAUUGUUGGGUUUUGUCCUAUCCAGCCUGUAAUAUCAUGGGGAAAUCAGUGUGUUUUGAUUAGAUGUCUGUGUGUUCCAUAUGCUACUGGAACAAGUAUUCUAAAUGGCUUACCAGUAUGUUAAAUGGGCAUGUUGGGAUAACAGGUCUAUUCAAUGGUAAGUCAAGCUUACCUGUAUGUAAAAUGGCAUAAAGGUAAUUUUAAUAGCUUACCAGUGUGUAAACUGUACAUGUCUGGCUUACCUUAGUAUUAAAUAUGCAUGUCUGGCUUACCUGAGUGUUAGAUAUGCAUGUCGGGCUUACCAGUGUGUAAAAUGGACAUGUCUGGCUUACCUGAGUAUUAAAUAUGCAUGUCUGGCUUACCUGAGUGUUAGAUAUGCAUGUCUGGCUUACCAGUGUGUAAAAUCGACAUGUCUGGCUUACCAGUGUUCAAAAUGGACAUGUCUGGCUUAUCAGUGUGUAAAAGGUGUAUGUCUGGCUUACCGGUGUGUUAAAUGGGCUCCUUACCGGGGUGUAAUAUUAGCAUGUCUGGCUUACCGGGGUGUUAAAUGAGUAUGUCUGGCUUAAGGAUGUGUUAUAUGUGCAUGUCUGGCCUAAUAGUGUGUUAAAUGGGCAUGUUUGGUUUACCAGUGUUAAAUUGGCAUGUCUGGCUAACAGGUUUCUAAAAUGGGCUUUUUUGGCUUACAUGGGUGUUAAAUGGGCAUGUCUGACUUACCUGGGUGUUAAAUGGGCAUUUCUGGCUUACAAGUGUGUUAAAUGAGCAUGUUUGGCUUACUGGUGUGUUAAAUUAGCAUGUCUGGCUUACCAUUUGUUAAAUGAGCAUGUUUGGCUUACUGAUGUGUUAAAUUGGCAUGUCUGGCUUACCAGUUUGUUAAAUGAGCAUGUUUUGCCUACCAGUGUGUGAACAUAAGCCAGUCUGGCUUAUAGGUGUGUUAAAUUGACAUGUCUGGCUUGCAAGUGCAUAAAAUUAGCAUGCUUGGCUUAACUGUGUUAAAUAGGCAUGAUGCAACGAUGCAACAGCAAGUCGAAAUAACACGUGGUCCAAAUAAGAAAUCAUGUCGCCGAAUGUCGUGCCGAUGACGAUAAUGUUAUCCAUAUAAAUCAGGCAUUAUUGCAAAAAGAAACCUAGCUAGUUAUUCCAUCAACCGUUCGAAAAUCGCAGGGGCGUUACAAAGUCCGAAUGGUAUGACUUUGAAUUUGUAUUAGCCUCUUUUGAAGAUAAAGGCAGUUUUAGAGCUACCCCUUUCUUCUACCUCACAUUGCCAAUAUCCGGAAUUGAGAUCCAAGCAUGAUUACCAUACAGCCCCAGUCAAUUUAUCCAGAUAGUCUUCAAUAGCUGCUUUAGGAUUAUUAUGCAUCCCCUUUUAUGACUUCAUUUAAACGCCUUUUAUUAUUUGGGGCCACUGUUUUCUGUACCAUGACAAUACCACAUACCCAUUCGCUCGCAAAUAACUGAUUUUUUUUCUAUCAUUUCUUCUAUUUGUCUAUCAGCCUCCUCCCAUAUGUGAAAUGACAUUCUCCUGAACGGAUGUCUUAUAGAUUUCGCGUUGCCUGUGUGUCAAUCUGAUGUUUAACGAUGCCUGUCCUCCCGAAGCAGCAUCAUUUAUAGAAAAAGUUUCAGAGUGUUUAACAAGCAAUUUCCACAUUUCUCUCUGUGCAUGUCUGGCCUAAUAGUGUGUUAAAUGGGCAUGUUUGACUUACAUGUGUGUUAGAUAUGCAUGUCUGGCUAACAGGUAUGUAAAAAGGGCAUGUUUGGUUUACCAGUGUUAAAUUGGCAUGUCUGGCUAACAGGUUUCUAAAAUGGGCUUUUUUGGCUUACAUGGGUGUUAAAUGGGCAUGUCUGACUUACCUGGGUGUUAAAUGGGCAUUUCUGGCUUACAAGUGUGUUAAAUGAGCAUGUUUGGCUUACUGGUGUGUUAAAUUAGCAUGUCUGGCUUACCAUUUGUUAAAUGAGCAUGUUUGGCUUACUGAUGUGUUAAAUUGGCAUGUCUGGCUUACCAGUUUGUUAAAUGAGCAUGUUUUGCCUACCAGUGUGUGAACAUAAGCCAGUCUGGCUUACAGGUGUGUUAAAUUGACAUGUCUGGCUUGCAAGUGCAUAAAAUUAGCAUGCUUGGCUUAACUGUGUUAAAUAGGCAUGAUUUGCUUACCUGUGUGUAAAAUGGGCAUGUCUAGCCUACCUGUGUGUGAAAUGGGCAUGUCUGGCCUACCUGUGUGUUAAAUGGGCAUGUCUGGCUUACCAGUUUGUAAAAGGGGCAUGUCUGGCUUACUGGUGUGUUAAAUGGGCAUGUCUGCCUUAAUGAUGUGUUAAAUAAGCAUGUCUGGUAUUCCAGUGUGUUAAAUGGGCAUGUCUGACUUACCAGUGUGUUAAAUAUGCAUGUCCGUUAUACCAGUGUGUUGAAUGAGCAUGUCUGGUAUACCAGUGUGUUAAAUGGGCAUGUCUGACUUACCAGUGUCUAAAAUGUGCAUGUCUGGCUUACCGGUGUGUUAAAUUGGCAUGUCUGGCUUACUUGUGUGUUAAAUAUGCAUGUCUGGUAUACCUGUGUGUUAAAUUGGCCUGUCUGACUUACUGGUGCGUUUAAUGGGCAUGAUUUGCUUACCAGUGUGUAAAAUGGACAUGUGUGGCUUACCUGAGUGUUAAAUAUGCAUGUCUUGCUAACCAAUGUGUAAAAUGGACAUGUCUGGCUUACCGGUGUUUGAAUGGGCAUGUCUGGCUUACCAAUGUGUAAAAUGGACAUGUCUGGCUUACUGGUGUUUUGAAUGGACAUGUCUGGCUUACCAGUACGUUAAAUGGGCAUAUCUUGCUUAGUUGUGUGUUAAAUUAGCAUGUCUUGCUUACAUGUGUGUUUAAUGUGUAUGUUUGACUUAUCUGUGUGUUAAAUGGGCAUGUCUGAUUUACCUGGGUGUUAAAUGGGCAUGUUUGACUUAUCUGUGUGUUAAAUGGGCAUGUCUAACUUACCUAUUUGUUAAACUGGCAUGUCUGACCUAUCUGGGUGUUGAGUGGGCAUGUCUGAUUGAUCUGGGUGUUAAAUGGGCAUGUCCGACUUACCUGUGUGUUAAAUGGUCAUGUCUGACUUAUCUGGGUGUUAAAUGGGCAUGUCUGACUUACCUGGGUGUCAAAUGGACAUGUCUGACUUACUUGUGUGUUAAAUGGUCAUGUCUGACUUAUCUGGGUGUUAAAUGGUCAUGUCUGACUUAUCUGGGUGUUAAAUGGGCAUGUCUGACUUACCUGUGUGUUGAAUGGUCAUGUCUAACUUAUCUGGGUGUUAAAUGGUCAUGUCUGAUUUACUUCGGUGUUAAAUGGGCAUGUCUGACUUACCUGUGUGUUGAAUGGUCAUGUCUAACUUAUCUGGGUGUUAAAUGGUCAUGUCUGAUUUACUUCGGUGUUAAAUGGGCAUGUCUGACUUACCUGGGUGUUGAAUGGGCAUGUUUGGCUUACCCAUGUUUAAAUGGGCAUGUCUGACUUACCUGGGUGUUGAAUGGGUAUGUUUGGCUUACCCAUGUUUAAAUGGGCAUGUAUUUUAGGUUCAUACAAAAGAACCUAAUGAAUGCCUAAUGUGGGUACAUCUAUCAAAAGAUAACCCAGGCAAAUGCCUUACUCUGAUAUAUGUAUUAUUGGUGUUGAAAUGGAGUUUGGAAGCACAAUUUGUAUGUUCUUAAUUUUAUCUAAUAGGUUAAACCGUUCAUUCAUAUUAUUUGAUUUCUCAAUUAAAUUUUAUUCCCACUUAAAAGUUGCAUUUUAUUAUUUUAUGAGAAAAAGUUUAAGUGUUAGAUUGACAAUAUUGCGUUAGUUUUUCUACGUCAAAACUAAUGAGUUGUUCUCUAUCCGUGAGAAUCAGUAAAAAAAGGAUUGUUACCUGUUGAUGAGUCUAUAUUCUUGAAAAAAACCACAAGUAUAUAGCUGAGUCAGUUUACAUGUUUUUAUUAAUCUGCGUUUGCAUAAAUAAUGUUGUUUUAAGUUGAAAAAGAUUAACAUUGA